GGCUGAAAUGUAAAGCAUGUGCAAAACAUUUCAGUUGUCUUUUUCCCACCCGCUUCUUCUACAAGUAGAGGGGAGGGAGAAACACACACACAAAUAAGCCAAGAACAAAACUGUCUCUUCAGAGAAGAGAGGAAGCAAGGAAAGUCCCCCCGUGAUAACUGGUAACGGAGUGAAUUCAGAAAUUACUGUUGAGCUCAUCCUGGAUUCAGAGGGGAAAACUUGAACCAGAAGGAAUAUUUUGCAGCUCCUCCAAAGAUAAGUCCCAGAUGCGAGAAGAUUCUGCAAGAUUGAUUUUUGUUUUUUGGGGGGGUGGGUGGGAAUAAAACAUCUGAAGUUCAGUUUGUUUGUGACAGAUUUUGUGCUUUCUCGCUACGGUUUAGAAUGGCGAAGAUUCGACACCGUGGAUCUCUGGAAUUAGAAGCAUGACCCUGUCCAGAGCAUAGAACUUGAUCCCUGGACACAACUUUUCAGAGAGCAGAAAUGUUGGAGCGCCUCCAGCUUGAGGCACCCUUUGUGACGUGCGGUGAAGCAAGGGAGCUGUGAUUGGACUCGAGGUUGCGAACGAACGUGGUCUUCUCAAAUUGUCCUGGACAAGUGGAUUGCUUUCCUUACCCUCUUGGAGUCUCCAAAGCCACCCAGGAGCGGAUGGGGAAAAUUAGUCUCGUGUCCUCAAGCAAGCAUCCACUGCGGCUUCUUAUUUUGGUGAACAGUUGUGGAAAGUAAAGGACGUUUGUCCUGUGUGGCGGUGAAGACUUAAGAACAGAAGACGCUGCGGCAGCCAUGGAUGUCCUCUCCGAAUGUGGAAUUCUUUGGAGCUUUCUCUUGGAAUUGGAGGACCCGUGCCUGCUUUGCCACUUGAAAUGGCUGUGCGAUUUUCCCGAAGAUGAUCAUGAUUCAGCUUGGGAAGAAAUUCCAGCUGUGUUGAGUCCCACCUACAAACAACGGAAUGAAGACUUCAGGAAACUUUUCAAGCAGCUUCCCGAGACGGAGCGCCUCAUUGUUGAUUACUCCUGUGCCCUUCAAAGAGAUAUUCUCUUGCAAGGACGACUCUACCUCUCUGAAAACUGGAUUUGUUUCUACAGCAACAUCUUCCGCUGGGAAACCUUGUUGACUGUCCGUUUGAAGGACAUCUGCACCAUGACCAAGGAGAAAACCGCACGGCUCAUUCCUAACGCUAUUCAAGUUUGCACAGACACUGAAAAGCACUUUUUCACUUCCUUUGGUGCCCGGGAUAGGACGUACAUGAUGAUGUUUCGCCUCUGGCAGAAUGCCCUCCUUGAAAAGCCCUUGUGUCCAAAGGAGCUUUGGCAUUUUGUACAUCAGUGUUACGGCAAUGAGUUGGGGUUGACGAGCGAUGAUGAAGACUACGUUCCUCCUGAUGAAGAUUUCAACACCAUGGGUUACUGUGAGGAGAUCCCCGUGGAAGAAAGUGAAGUCAACGACAGCUCCUCCAAAAGUAGCAUGGAGGUCAAAGCUGAAGUGAGCCCUCAGCUUCCCAAGAAGUCUCUUACCAACAGCAGCACGUUGACUCCUACAACAAACAAUGAAGCUCCAAUCCCAUAUGAAGGGAUCGUUCCUGAAGAAGAAGAGGUUCUGGACACACCAGUUGAGAAGGAGAUGACAAUUGCGAAUCUCAUUGGAGACAAAAUUGACAUCAUCGCCCCUGUGAAUUCUCCUUCUCUGGAUUUCAAUGACAAUGAGGACAUUCCAACUGAACUCAGUGAUUCCUCUGAGACUCAUGAUGAAGGUGCUUGGCUGGCAUCCACAGGGGAGGUCCAGGCCUUUUAUGAAGAUCUGAAUGGACGACAAUACAUGAAUGAAGUCUUCAACUUUAGUGUGGAUAAGCUUUAUGACCUGCUCUUCACAAACUCUCAGUUCUUAAGGGAUUUCAUGGAGCAACGACGGUUUUCUGAUGUUGUUUUUCAUCCAUGGAAGAAGGAAGACACUGGCAAUCAAAGCAGAGUUAUUCUCUACACCAUCACUCUCACCAACCCUCUGGCUCCAAAAACUGCCACCGUUACGGAAACUCAGACAAUGUACAAAGCCAGCCAAGAAAGUGAGUGCUAUGUUAUCGAUGCCGAGGUGCUAACUCAUGAUGUUCCUUACCACGAUUAUUUCUACACAAUUAAUCGUUACACAUUGACGCGUGUUGCCAGGAACAAAUGCCGACUCAGGGUUUCUACAGAGCUACGUUACAGAAAACAGCCAUGGGGACUAGUGAAAUCCUUCAUUGAGAAGAACUUUUGGAGCGGUCUUGAAGACUAUUUUCGCCACUUAGAGAGUGAAUUGACCAAAACCGAGAGUUUGUAUCUAGCAGAACUUCAUAGACAGUCACCCAAAGAGAAGGCGAACAAACAAUCCUCAGUGCGGCGAAGGAAACGACCCCAUACACACUUGAGGGGGCCUCAUCUGGAGGAAGUACUGAGUCCUGUUACCACUCCCACAGAUGAGGAGGUUGUAAGUCGAAUCAAGCGUGUGGCAGGUUCCACUCAAACACGGCACAUCCCUGAAGAAAGUCCCAGCAGCUUCCAUUUGCAGAAUGUGUCCAAAUUACUGCUUGUUAUUAGUUGUGUUUUGGUGCUUUUGGUCAUCCUUAAUAUGUUGCUGUUCUACAAGCUGUGGAUGUUGGAAUACACCACUCAGACUUUGACGGCAUGGCAGGGGCUGCGCUUGCAGGAAAGGUUACCCCAAUCUCAGACUGAGUGGGCCCAGUUAUUAGAGUCCCAGCAGAAAUAUCAUGACACGGAACUCCAAAAGUGGCGAGAGAUCAUCAAAUCAUCAGUAGUUCUCUUAGAUCAGAUGAAGGAUUCCCUCAUCAACCUUCAGAAAGGCAUCGGCUCUCGCGAAUAUCGGCCCGAGUCAGAUGAGAAACGGAAGCGGUUCUACUAGCAGGCGGGAACACCUGUGGCCAGAGGAUUUUUGUGCAAUACAUGUACAUAGAGAAUGAAUAUAUAGAGAGGUAUAUAUUCAUCAUCUCCAGAUUUUUACAGAAGAAAGGAACAGCUGGCGUAGGCGAGAAAGAGAAGCACGGUGCCGACUGAAUUCCAGCCAGGAACGUCCCCCAAGGAAGGGCCAGAAUGUGAUGGAGGAAUUGGGCUUUUCCGGCACUGAGGCAUGGUGGGAAAAAAAAAAAAGUCCACUCUGGCCCUCCUGGAUUCAUGCACCUUUCUAGGCAUUUUCCUGGCUCUUUAUUUGUUGGUCUGCCUCUCUUGGGCGGGAGCUGGGGAGAUGUAGGAAGCCAUGAAACUCUCCUUUGGAGUCGAUCCUUGACUGGUCUUGGCACAAACGGCCUAUUUGUCCUGGCACGGAGGAACUGUUGUGUUAUUUUUUUUCUCGGCAAGAAUGCGGUUAGCCGGCGAGUUCUUCACGCUGGUUGCCAAACAGAGCAUAGUUGCUUGUUCUCCACCCAGGGUCCCUUUGCGGGGUUUUUCUUUCAUUGGCAAGUGGACUUCGACACAGGGUUCCCUUCCCCUCCCUGUGCUGCUACUUCGGCCGCCCCGGCAUGUGACAGACAGGAUGAGUUUGCUGCUUGAGGAGAUAAAACGGGAAGCUUAUUCUGGCUCAGGAAUUCUGGGAGGAGAAGUCCACAAGUCAUAACAGUUGCCAUGGUUGCUUGGCCAUCCUUGAGUCUCUCCCCCCCCCCCCACCCCACCCUUCCUCUCCUUGUUUCAGCUGGACGGCAUCUUCUCUGGUUGUUGUUGCAUCCUUUGACCUUUGCAGCUUCAAGUAGUUACUUGAGAGAGUUGUCUCUCCGCUUAAAAGGGCUAUCUGUACUUGCAGAGAUUACCAAUGGAAACCCACAUCCAGGGCACUUGAACGGCUCCCACGUGUAAAUGUCCCGAGCGUUCCCACAGCAAAACAAAACAAAAAGGCAACAACAGAGGUACAACCCAGGAACAUGCCUCGGCUCGGCAAGGGGUUUCAAAAUGUCUGCUUUGAAGUCCUCGUCCCGAAUCUUGUAUUUAUUUAAGUCGCCUCAUUUCUUCUACCCACGUAAAGAUGGAGAGUUUGAGGAAGAAAUCGUUUUGCUUUUUGUAGUGAGGGAUGGGCCUUGACGUUGCUGUGUCUGUCAGCUUGGGCCAUGACAUGUCACUCUGCAUUCACACGAAGCUCUUGUAAAAAAAAUUUUUGUUUUGAAAGAAAACUUCUGAAGGUACAUUCAGCGACUGCUUGAUGUGGACUCCUGUUCUUCUUCAGCAGCUGAUUUCAAAUGCAAGAAUGCAGUUUAAUCCUUUAGAGCAGGGGUGUCCAACCUCGGCAACUUUUCAGACUUGUGGACUUCAAUUCCCAUCAUUCUCUAGCCAGCCAGGUUGGAUGGAGAAUUUCAGGAGUUGAAGUCCAUCCAUCUGCGAGUCUUUAAAAGUUGCUAAGGUGUUCUCUUUGAUUUAAAGAAGGUCCUUCUUGGCAGUCCCCUAGCGAUUGGAGGCCGGAGCGUGGCAGUUCGGCAAAACACAGACAUGAUGAGAAUAUCAGUUGGCUGAGCCGUGAACAAGAAAAGGCAAAAGUGUUUUAUUUUUUUAGGACUUUUCCUUGGGCAAAAAAAUGCCUACUGCUUGAAAGAAGCUAGAAUUCCACCAAUUUUUAUUUUUUGGGUGGAUUUGGUCAAAGCAAACAUUUAUCUCAUUUGGAAUGAAGCAAACUGAAAGCAAGAGCUCAGUUUUAUCAUGCAAAAGGCCAUCAUUUCCUAGAACAGGGGUCUCCAACCUUGGCAACUUUAAGCGUUGGCAGGCUUCAAGUCCCAGAAUUCUAGGAAUUGAAGUCUGCCAGGCUUAAAGUUGCCAAGGUUUGGAGAUCCCUAGACGUCCAAAGCAGAGCAGUAGUAGAUUCUCUCUGCCUCCUGGUGUAAAACUAGAAAUUUCCUGGCAAGAAAUAAAAAGAGUUUUCCCUCUUUCAGGCUUCAUCUGGAUGGUGCCGAUCAGCGUUUAACUGAUCUGCACCAAAUACCAUCCUCUUCAGCAACUAUGAGCAAGAUAUUGUUUAUACUCUAGGUAGGUUAUUGAGCCAGAAAGAGAAAACAUAUUUGGCAUGAAUUAUUCAUCUGAACUGGGCCUUUUUGUGACGAAAGUUGGCAUUUUCUCUCUGCACACUGUCAAAAGAUAAACAAAGCAGCAAAUCUUAGCCAGCCACAAUCUUCUCUUGGAUUGACUAGUAGGGGUGCCACAAGUCCAGAUAGACAAGCAGGUCAGCCCAAGUUCCAGAUAUAUUGUCCUUGUUUCCAGAGUUGUUGAUCAACACGAAUGCAGAGUAUCUGCAUCCAAGCUUCUGGAUUUCUGGAGUCCAGCUGUUUGGGAGUGAAUGAAAUUAAGUUGGUUAUUUUAUUUUUAUUUUUCACAUGCUCCAACUGGAGAAGUGGGGGGUGGGGGGGUGGGAUUGUCCUGCAUUUUGCUUUUCUUUUUUCUUUUGCUAGCUGGCUGGGCUAACUGGCAAGAGAUAGCAACUGGAGACAAAUAUUUCCAUAGUCAAACAAAGAUUCUUUGUAGGAGGUCAGAAUGGCUGGUGGUCACCAGUGAGAGAAAAAAGGGCAGCUGAGAAGAUAGUUGACAGUAAAUUUGGGACACUUAACUUUCUUAGGUUAAUUUAUUUGCAUUAAUAUAUAUCUAUUCUUGCACGAUUCUGCUGAUUGGCAGUCUUUGGGGGAUCUCUUUGCUACUUAUCUUCGGGCCCUGGAUCCUUUCUUGGUGAGCACAGUCAGGUUUGGGGGCCACCAGAGCUUUUCAUUCAGAAGGAUAGAAGUCUCAGAUGAACCUCCUCCUCGUGAGGUUUCGCUUCCCUAAAACUUAACUAGGGCGUUGUGAACUGCUGUUAUUGAAACAAACAUAUUAUUUCUUGGAAAGAGUGAGUGGGCACAAUGGUUUGCAGGACAGACUGAAGAGAAACUGUUUCGUGUAGACUUUUUAUUUUGCUUGAUUUUGUUU